AUGGUGUGGUACGAUGAGACUCCUGAGUACGAAGCUCUAUCGUACGUCUGGGGCCCAACCUCGCCCGCUGAGCGCACGGUUCUGAAUGGGAAGGGUGAUUUAGAGGAGAAAGCGCAUCAGAUCAAGUUGAUGCGUCCUAUCUACGCUUUGGCGUCAGGCGUCCUGGUGUUGCUUGGAUCAGGAACCGUCGGGACAGACGCUGCAAUGCGAAGUAUAGAAAAGUUCGAUAAGGCGAUCUGGUCGACUUACAACUUCCAGGUCAAUUUCGUGGAGCUCCUACCACAAAGAGCAGCCUGGACCUUCGUCCCAACAAUGUCAUAUAUCCUCAAGCACGAAGCCGACGGCUUCGCUCUCCUGGGCCUCAUGUGGCAGACCCGCCACUUCAAGACUCCAAUUCCAUCCUGGGUUCCCGACUUCACCAUCUCCGCCGACUCCGAGGACGAGCAUAACCCUGUCUUCCUCCGUGGGAGCUGCAUGAACGUAGCUUUGUCUUAG